GGGGGCACAGUGGCUGAAGCGCCGAACCUGCAGACAUGGCAAACCUUGCCGUUGCCAUCUUGUUUGCAUCGCUCGCCGCCGUGGCUACUGCGCAAAAAGCCCCCACGCCGGCGGCGGAAAUGCCGGCCUAUCAGGGUUCCUAUCCAAGCUACGCUAGUCCGCCGGUAGCGGAAAUGCCAGCCUACCAAGGUUCCUAUCCAAGCCACAUCGGCUCCCCAGCUGCUAGCCCGAGCUACACCUUCGCUGCUGCCGUUCCGGCACCAAGCCCUCCAAGCAUGGCCGCACCAAGCCCCAAGCCUUCUACUUCUGCGGAACGACGGAGACUGAGAGUGGGCUUCUACAGGCGCUCGUGCCCACGGGCGGAAAAGAUCGUCAGGGAGGCCGUGAGGAAUGCCACGUCCACGAACCCCGGCCUCGGCGCUGGGAUUAUUCGGAUGCACUUCCACGACUGCUUCGUACAGGGUUGCGACGCUUCCGUCCUCCUCGACCCGACGGCGGCCAACCCGCAGCCGGAGAAGCUCAGCCCACCGAACUUCCCAAGCCUACGUGGCUUCGAAGUGAUCGACGCAGCCAAGGAGGCGCUCGAGAAGGUUUGCCCCGGGAAGGUCUCAUGCGCCGACAUUGUCGCCUUCGCCGCCAGAGACGCGUCCUUCUUCCUCAGCCGUGCAAGGAUCAACUUCAGGAUGCCGGCGGGGCGCCUGGACGGCCGCGUGUCCCUCUCCAGUGAGGCGCUCGAUUUCCUCCCCCCGCCGUUCUUCAACCUCUCGCAGCUCGUCGACAAUUUCAGGGCCAAGAACCUCGACGAGGACGACCUCGUGGUGCUCUCCGGCGCGCACACCAUCGGCGUGUCCCACUGCUCGUCCUUCACCAACCGCCUUCCACCGAACCCCUCCCACAUGAACCCGGCAUUCGCCACCCUGCUGCAGAGCAAGUGCCCGGUGAGCCCCAACAUCACGAACGACCCAACGGUGGUGCAGGACAUUGUGACGCCCAACCGGUUGGACACCCGGUACUACACCAAUGUGCUCAAACGCAACGUGCUCUUCACCUCCGAUGCGGCAUUGCUGUCGUCACGGCGGACAGCCAGGAAGGUGGUGGAGAACGCACUUAUCCCUAGGAGGUGGGAGAGGAAGUUUGCCAGGGCGAUGGUAAAGAUGGCGGCCAUCGAGCUCAAGACCGCUGCCAAUGGGGAGAUUAGGAAGAUGUGCAGGGUUGUCAACAACUAGGGUUGAUUGUCGGCCUUGUAGUUAACUUAAUGGGGUUUCCAGUUUAUUUUGCAGCAUCCGCCCUUGUUCAUUCCCUGCAUUUGGUCAUUGUUCUUUUUUUUUUGGUUAAAUUAAAUACCUGACUGAAUUCUACUUGAUCAUAUUACUAUUGUCAAAUGAAGCCUACCUUUUAGCUCA